AUGUUUAGGCCUUCUAGGUCCAGACUGGCUGAUGACUCUAAAAGAGUUGUCUCGCUUCCUCAGGACAUGCCACAGCAAUCUUCUCGGCUUAAAAAGUUUUCAUCUCUUUCUGAUAUGCGACGCAUGAGAAAGUCAAAUAAAGCCACUUUAAACGAUUCAAGAUCUCUUCACAAAGGAGAAGAUAACUCGACAACUAAGACCCUAAAACCUCACUCAUCACUCUACGAUAUUCGUCGUAAAAAAAAGGAAAGCAAACCUACAACCCAUGAUCCAAUGCCAUCUUUGGACGACUUUGCCCAAGACAUUCUACAGCCGCAGUCGUCCGUAUUGUUUCACCCCCAGGAAAAUCAUCAGUCGCUUGAUCCGGGCCUUCCUAAACAACUUCAUCAUGCACAAAGUUUGGAUCUUUCAGCAAAGCCUAGAAAUCUUGAUACCUUUAUUCCUAUUCCUUAUGUCAACAAUGGGAAUGACAUUGACAGUGAUGAUGAAGGCAGUAAUUUUAGCUUUUUGAGCAAUGAUACCCAAGAUAGCCUUAUAGCAGACUUUUCCUUUAUAAAUUCUGCAAUUUCAUCUCUUGACAACCCCAGCAAUACCACACCGAGCAGUUCACAUAGAUCUCAAGAGUCUAGAGCCAAUACUACACCUAAAAGAUUAAUGUCAUCUACACCUGCAACUCCAUCAAGUAGCCGGUACCUUGCGGCAGCAAUGCAGUCUGAUAUUGCACCACCAAGAUCCCCAAUGGGCCAACCUCCACGUACACCAGCAAUCCAAACUCCUGAAAACUAUAAAAACAACAAUAGCUUCAUUACUCUAGACGAUAUAGCACUUGGUACUGACGACGAUUUUUUUGGUAGUGAUAGUAGAAAUGAGUGGUUUAGUGGUGAUGAAAAAGCUUAUACUAUGAAUCAGGGCAAGGGCUUUGUAACUGGUGAAAGGCCACCAUCAACUUCAAUUUCACCUUCCCAUCCUCUCCCCUCCUCAGCCUCCUUUUCCUCCUUUUCAAUUCCAUCAGCCCCUAGUCAUCAAAAACACGCCAACAACAAUCACAAAGGCAGUCCUUAUAACAAAUACAAAAACAACGAAUCUCCAAAUAAUCCUUCUGCAUUCACAUCAUAUUAUCUUUCAAGCUCAAUGGAUCUAGGCAAUGAUAAAAGUGACACUGAUUCUUUGGCCCCAGCCUCUCCUUUAAUUAAAUCAGCAGCCGCGCAGUUAAAUCUUUCUGAUUUGCGCUCAGAGCCCCUGAGUACAGACCAACGCACUACCUCAACAGUGGCUAAUAAUGACAACACACUAUCUUCACCCUUGCCAAAGUCUACCGGCAUUGAAUUAAAUAAUGCCUCUGCAUCUACAGCUGAAUCAGAGUUAAUUUUAGCCUCGACAACCUCGUCUUUACAAAGUCCAACUACAGAAUCUACCACUACCUUUGAUGAAAAACUUUCAGGCACCGUUGCAAAACCUGAAAAUACCUCUGAGAAAACCAUUCCUAACCCCCCUAAUAAAUCAACACUUGCAUCUUCACCAGCAUUACCUAACCUCAACAAAUCUUUAUCUCCAACAUCCGAAUCAGAAACAUUAUCUGAAUCUUUUUCUUCAUUCAAGCCCAUUUCAAAAUCACCCCAUUCCCAAUCCUUGCAUAGCUCUCCUCCACAACCAUCAACUCUUCAAACUACAGAGAAUAAUAACUCAACUUAUUUUGAAAAUGAAAGUGACUUAGAGAGCGACUCGUUUCUUGCAGAUGUGAUUGAUGAUAUAACAGACUCCUAUUUGGCUUUAACAAAUGACCAGGAUGAAAACAGUGCCAGCGAUUAUAACUAUUCAUUGGACUCUUCUGCCCCUAUAUCAACUUCAACUUUCACCGCUCUUCCCGCAUCCACAGCUUCUGCAUCUUCUCAAUUAUCUGAAUCAGUAGCUUCUACUGAUCUCAACUUAAAAUCUUUGAAGCCUUCCACCUUGCCUAACUCCACUCUUGAAGAAUUUAAAAAUAUUGAUUCAAACAAUUCCAAAUCAACCCUUGAACCAGAAGAAUCACCUUUUCCUGUUUCUCGAAAUAUUGCAUCUAUUUCUAAUAAGGGCGAUACUGUGCUUUUAGAAAAGUCACUUGAACCAGAAACAUCUGAUAAAUCUGAGUCUUCUGGUCCCAAAAAUGAUCUUGAAGCUACUUUAAGAAAGUUAGAAGGAAACGAUACUACCGGCCUUGAAGAUCUCGAUUAUCAAACUGAUGACGAUAUAAAAGUCGUUGCCGUCAAAUCAAAUGAUAUUUUGUCUGAAAUUAAAGAAAAACCUAAAAUGGAUGAUGAAGAAUUAAAAACAAUUGAAACGUUGGACUUAUCUGAGAAAAAAAGUGACAUAUCCCCUAUUAUUUCAACCGCGAAUGUGGGUUCUGUUGAAGUACUUGACUCAUCUCGAUCUUCUGAAACUGAUGAUUUAGACAAUGAGAAAAACAAUGUUGAAAAAUCAAAAGAUGGGUUUAAACCAGAAGCUGAUGGAAUAAGAUCUCCAGAAUUGAAAGCAGAGUCUGAUGGUAAUUUGGACUCUGUUAAAAAAGUUUAUUUGGUUGAUUCCUUCGAGAAAUCAUUCAAUAAAGAUUCUCAAAAUCUCAAAGUUGAAGAUGAUAUUAAAGUAACUGACAACCUCGAUUUGGAUGCAAAGAAACAUUUACCAAAAACAAUGUUGAGAGCAAAUGAUGAUAAAGUUGAAGUUGAAGUUGAAGAUAAAGAUAAAGAGAAAGACGAAAAAUCUGAUACCGAGGAAAUGGUGGACGAAGAUGGCGCAAAAAAAACCAAGUCAUCUGUUGGUUUGGUGGAGACAACUUCUAAUAACGAAAAAGAUAAAGUGGAAUUUUCUAAUAAUGAAGUUGGGAAAGAAGAAUCUGAAGCUGUGUCCAUCGACAAUACCAAAGGAAAAUUGGAAACUGAUCCUAAUUCCGACGAAGCUAAAAAACACGAAACUGUUGAGGACCUUGAAAGCAAACAGCUUGAAAUCAAAGAUGAAACAGUGGAAGAAAUUAAUGAUGUUUCCAAGGGUUUUUUCAAAUCGGAAUCUUUAUUCUCUUCUGAAACUGAAAAAUCCAUUCAAUCAGAAGCCGUUGCAAACAAAUCCUCCAUUAGCUCAAUUGAUAAUCAAGAUUCUUCUAAGCCUGAAAUUUUAGAUAAUGCUAAUAUUCCUUCAUCUCCUGCUGCCGAUAUUUUGAGCAAUAAAGUUAGGGAUCUGAUUUCCAUUUCUGAUGACGAAGUUAUUGAAAUUUCAGACUCUGAAUCAUCAUUGCAUGAAAAAGAAGGUGAUAACCUUCCACUUUCUACAGCUGAACGCACUAUCAAUGAACUUGACGACAAGGAAAAAGUGGAGAUUUCUGAUAAAAGUGACUCCGAGGUAUCUUUUAUCAGCGAAAAUACAUCUAAGGUCACUGAGAAAGUUCCAGGUGAUAUAGUUUCAUCCAUUGGAUCUAUGGAAUCUGUAUCUAAAGAUGCCAUUGACACACCAGCAAAAUCAGCAUCAACAGCAUCAACAGUAGCAACAGCAGUAGCUGCAGUAGCUGCCAUACCAACCAAGUCGGCUUCAUUUGAAGAUUUGGAAUCUAUUGAAGAGGAAAAGAAGUUGUCAAAAGAAAUUUCUCAAAAGACUUCUGGGGUCGAGAAAACAGCAGAAAAUGCUUGCGAUAAUCAAAAUAUCAUUGAAGAUAAGAGGGAUGCCGAUAAGCAGAAAGAAGUGGAAGUUGAAGCAGAGGAGUUGGAUAAUGAGAAAGAAGUAAAAGAACAAAAAGAGACUGUUCAAAAUAUUGAUUCUGAAGAAAAAAAAGAGGUGAUAGAAACAAAGAAUACACAUUCUGAAGCAACAGUGCUUUCUGAACAAAUUUCUAAAGAGGAGAAGCUUGUGAAGGCUGAAGAUGAUCUCAAAAGUGAAAAUGAAACUGAAAAGACUUCAAAAGCUUUUGAGAACAAAAAUAAUGGCGAUGAAUCUAAGAAAGAAAUUUCUUUGGAUACUGAAUCUGUUUCUUCUCAACCACCAACAACAUUGCAUUUGGCUAAAGAAGAGGAUGAAGAAGAGGAAAAGGAGCCCGUGGCUAAAUCUGAAAUUAAAGAAGAAGAUAUUGAAAAAGAUAAUACAGAUUUAGAAGACUCCCUUAAAAUUGAUUCUGCAGAAAAAUCUGGUAAAAAAGAUUCAGAUGAGGAAUCACAGGAAGAUUCGGGAGAAGAAUCUGAAGAAGAGUCGGGGGAAGAAUCUGAAGAAGAGUCAGAAGAGGAGUCGGAAGAAGAGUCAGAUGAGGAAUCAGAAGAAGAAGAAGAAGAUGAGGAGGAGUCUGAAGAAGAAGAGUCAGAUGAAGAGCAACCAGAAGUGUUUUUGUACACUUCUUUUAGUUCUGGAACACAUUAUAUGGUGACCGACACUAAUCGUAUUGCCCAUAUAUUAACUGUCAACAAUAUUAAGUUUACCUAUGUGGAUUUGGCAACUAAUGAACGUGCGAAAAAGGUUUGGAGAUGGAGAUCAAAAGGACGACGAUUGCCUGGCGUUGUGCGGGAAGAGCAAGUUUUGUGUGAUUUGAAAGAGCUAGAGGAGAUGAAUGAAAGCCAUACCGUAUGGGAAAAAAUCAUUGAUGAAGAAGUUUAUUAA